GAAAUGGAAAAGAUACAAAGAUCUUUAAUAAACUCAACUUUAGUUCGUCCAGAGCAGUUUUAUAUUAAUGGAUUUUAUGACUUUCCACAUGGAACAUAUUUCUACAUUUUCCUCUGUUUUGUUUAUAUAAUGACUGUCAUUGGAAAUGUGGUUCUUCUUCUGAUUAUUUUGCUGGUCAGAACUCUCCAUACGCCCAAACACAUGAUUGUGUUUAACCUGGCUGUGACAGACCUGUGCGGCAGCACUGCUCUCAUUCCCAAACUCUUGGACACCUUUCUGUUUGAAAACAGAUACAUCUCCUAUGAGGCGUGUCUUAGUUACAUGUUUUUUGUGUUGUUUUUUGGCAGUGUUCAGUCCUGGACACUUGUGACAAUGUCUUUUGACAGAUUUAUGGCUAUAUGUUUCCCUUUGCACUACUACAGUGUUGUGACUAAAUCAACUGUUGCACUAAUGUUGCUGUUUGUUUGGCUUCUACCUCUAAGUGUAAUAAGCAGCAUGGCUGGCCUUAUCAAUCGUCUCUCCUUUUGUAAGUCUCUUGUUAUUCAGAGUUUUUACUGUGAUCAUGGGCCUGUGUAUAGACUUGCUUGUAACAGUUAUUUACUGAACCACUACUAUGGUACCUUUGCUUCAUCUAUCAUCUUGUUCUUUCCCUGCCUUCUCAUAAUCCUCACUUAUUUUUUCAUUGGCCUUGCACUCAAGAGAAUUGCAAGAGGAAAAGAACGCCUCAAAGCUUUUAAAACCUGCAUCUCUCAUUUUAUACUUGUGUCCAUAUUUUUUAUACCAAUUAUUAUCACAAAUGUAGUGGUUCAUGCUACUGACUACUUACACCCAAACGGUCGGAUGAUCAACUCUACAUUCACACACACUAUACCACCUUUACUUAACCCGAUUAUCUACAGUCUAAAGACAGAGGAGGUGCUCACAGUCAUCAAAGGUCUCUACAAAAGAUUUACAUCAAAUCUGCUUGUAUCCACA